AUGCCACUGGGAGCAAAACCAACUUCAAAGCAAAUUUGGAAUUCCAUUAUCGAGAAGUUUGAAGAAAGGCUAUCCACUUGGAGGCAAAUUUCUCUCUCAAAGGGAGGUGCCGAAGUCAACACUUUUGCUGCCAUGCUCCUCGUAAUUGGAAGUAACCCACCGGCUCUAGACAACUUUCCUGACACAAGGCGUUGGUCUCUGCACAACUCAGGGGUUUUCACUGUCAAAACACUGUACUCUAAACUCAUAGCAGAAUCUGGUAUUGAUAAUUUUCCACAUUAUUUCAUUUGGAAGAAGCCUGUACCACCUAAGAUCAACUUUCUUCUUUGGCGUUUAAUGCAUGAGAAACUAAACACAAUAGAUAUGCUGCAGAUAAAAGGGGUAGACAUAUAUUACUCUUGUAUUCUCUGUGGUGAUGAUAUAGAAUCUCAGGACCACAUCUUCUUUCAUUGUAAAAUUGCACACAAAGUUUGGUCUUCGGUUCUUCUUUCUGUCUGUUGGUCUUGGGUGAUUCCAAGAAAUCUAAGAAUGCUUGCUUUUGGAUGGCAUCAUGUCCACUUCUCUGUUGCUGGAAACUUUUUAUGGGAUCUAAUCCCGGCUACAGUCGUGCAUACUAUUUGGACGGAGCGUAACAAGCGCAUCUUUGAGCAGAAUUACACUUUCAAAACGGAUGAUGACCUGGGAAUAGAAGUGAAGUCAUUAAUUCUAGCUUGGGCAAGAGCAGCUGGUAAAAGAGUUCAUUUAAAUUUUGCCAGUACAGUUCAAAACAAUUGGGAUGCUCUCUUUGUGUAA